CCCUAUUUUACCGUCGCAAAAUGAAGGCAGCCGCAGGUUUUAGUAGUCGAGAUUCGCUGGCGAAUUAAAUCUCGACUGCCGGUCGCGGAUCGUCCUCUUCGCGUGCCCUGGAGCGUCGAGUGCUUUUAGUCAGGUGGCCAGCAGCAUGUCUCUCAAGCCCAAGCGCAUUGACUUUGAGUGCACCUGGGAGCAAUUGAGAGACACUGUCGCGGGCGUCAUCACUCUGGGAAAGGUUCCGAGGCCUGUAUGGAACGACCGCUUCUCGGACGUGUAUGCACUGUGCGUCGCCUUCCCUGAACCUUUGGGAGACCGUCUUUAUCUGGAGACCAAGAAGUUUCUCAAUGCCCAUGUCCAGCAGCUGUACGAGCUGGUGGUGUCGGGUGAUGACCUGUUGGCAACUUACUACAAGCACUGGCUCCAGUACAGCCAGGGCAUCGACUAUCUCAACAAGUUGUACAUGUACCUGAACACGCAACACAUCAAGAAGCACAAGUUGAGUGAAGCCGACCUGAGCUAUGGCUCCGUGGAGCCCGCGGAGCAACUGCUCGAGGUGGGCGAGCUGGGCCUCGACCUGUGGAAAAGGAACAUGGUGCAGCCCCUGCGAGCGUCCCUGCUCACCCUGCUGCUCCAGGCACUCGCACAGGACCGCGAGGGUCGCUGCCCACAGCAGCGCGUCGUCCAGGGCGUCAUCCUCUCCUUCGUACAGGUGGAGGAGUACAAGCGCAAGCAGCCCUUGGCUCUGUACCAGGAGCUGUUCGAGACACCCUUCCUCGCAGAGACUGGAAAACACCUGCAACGUGAGGCGCACCGGCUGCUCGAAGAGUGUGACUGUUCGGCGUACAUGGAGCGAGUGCUCCACGUCCUUGCUCAGGAGAACUUGCGUGCACACCGGUUCCUGCACCCUAGCUCUUACCCAAAGGUGACGCGCGAGUGCGAGCAGCAGAUGGUGGGUGCCCACCUGGGCUUCCUGCAGCAGGAGUGCGGCCCCAUGAUGGAGGCCGAGCGGCGCACCGACCUGUCUCGCAUGUACACCCUUUUGCGGCCCCUGGGGCCCCGCGCCCUCGAGGUGCUGGUGUCACAGCUGCAGCGGCACGUCGAGCGUGUAGGUCUCGGCCGGCUCAAGCAGGGAGGCAAUGAAGGAGGCGGUGCUGCACCGGCAACAGCCUCGUCGUCCUCUACCUCGAUCGACAGUGGCAGCCAGAGCCCAGCCCAGGCCAACGCCAUCUCCCCGCAGCACUUUGUCGAAGCAGUGCUGCAAGUGCAUGCCACUUACCAGGACAUGGUCAAGGAAGUAUUUCAAGGAGACCAGCAGUUUGUAGGGGCACUUGACAAGGCAUGCGCCACCAUCAUCAACAACCGUGGAACAACCAGGCAGCCCUGUCGGUCUCCAGAGUUGCUGGCGAAGUACUGCGACGCCCUGCUGAAGAAGAGUGCCAAGGGCAUCUCGGAGUCCGAAGUGGAGGACAAGCUCACCCAGUCCAUCACCGUGUUCAAGUACAUCGAUGACAAGGACGUCUUCCAGAAGUUUUACGCAAAGAUGCUUGCGAAACGGUUAAUCCACAGCCAGUCUAUGUCAAUGGAUGUUGAAGAGGCCAUGAUCAACAAGCUCAAGCAAGCGUGUGGCUACGAGUUCACGAGCAAGCUACACCGGAUGUUCACGGACAUGAGUGUGAGUGCAGACCUGAACAACAAAUUCAACGCUUUUCUGAAAGCUGAGAGCAUCGACUUGGGCAUCAACUUCUCCAUCUAUGUGCUGCAGGCCGGAGCAUGGCCACUGGGCCAGAGUGCGGUGUCCCCCUUCGCUAUUCCCCUCGAAUUAGAACGAAGUGUUCAGAAGUUUGAGCAGUUCUACCAGAGCAAGUUCUCUGGGCGCAAGCUGAGCUGGCUGCAGCACCUGUGCCAAGCAGAGGUGCGGCUCUGCUACCUGCGCCGCUCCUACCUGGUCAGCCUGGGCACCUACCAGAUGGCGCUGCUGCUGCCCUUCGAGUCCGUGGACUCCUUGGCCAUCCGAGACCUGCAGGAGGCCACCCGGCUGGCACAGGACCAGCUGCUGCGACAGCUGCAGGGACUGCUGGACGCACGGCUCCUAGUCUCCAACGAGGAGGGUCCUCUGACGCCAUCCACAGUACUACAUUUGAAUAAGUCUUACUCCAACAAGCGGACGAAGUUUAAGAUCUCUGCAGUUAUCCAGAAGGAAGCAGCUCAGCAAGAACUGGAGCAGACGCACAGCUCUGUGGAAGAAGACCGCAAGCUGUACCUGCAGGCGGCUGUCGUGCGCAUCAUGAAGGCCCGAAAGGUGCUCAGGCAUAACACGCUCAUUCAGGAGGUGAUCAGUCAAGCUAAGAACCGGUUUGUGCCCAGCAUUGCCAUGAUCAAAAAGUGCAUCGAGGCUUUGAUCGACAAGCAGUAUCUUGAGAGGACGCCAAACUCCACCGACGAGUAUUGCUACGUCGCCUGACGGACACAGUCUUCGUCAUUGUUUUUGAAAAUGAUAUUCUGUACAGCAUUCAGCACGCCCCGCCUAAUAAAAGUGUUCUCAGCCACA